GCGCAAACUCCAAACGCUAAAGUCUCGCCUCGUCCUCCUCGGGACCUAGGAUGGCACAGGCGUGUGCCGUCGGCCAGUGCGAGCCUCUACUCAGCAGUCGGCGAGCGCACAUUCCAAACGUCAAAACCUCGUCUCUCGUCCUCCUCGGGACCUAGAAUGACGCCCACUCGUCUCAGCAGGCGGCGUAGGCGGCUUAGAGAGCCUCUUCGAAAAUCAUUCUUCCGUGUUCCAUCAGUUUCAGGGUCACCAACUUGUCCAACUGUCCAACAAGUUGAAUCCAACAGACGGCCGACACCAUGGCAAAGGCUCAACACUCGAAGUGAAAUAGGUGGUCUCCAGGUCGUCGGAACGACCAAGCUGGAAGAUGUCAAAACAGAGGCAGCCAAGAAAUCCGACAAGUGGGCUAGCGCACUUGAAACUGCCGCGAGAAAGGCAAAACAAGAUCACCCGACAGCGGGCGCUAUUUUUUUCAAAGGAAACCGACCGCACAAGUCCAACAAAGACAAGACUGAGACAAGAGAAGUCAUCAGUGUUCGACUCCAUGAGGGUACCACUGAAUCAGGCAAGGUUAUCAAAUCUGGUCAUAUCACUGAAGACGGCUCGAUCAAGUACAGCAGCAACAAUUGAGCACAAUAAGAAGACCGAGAGCAAGGUUGGCAAGGCGAGUAAGGUGAACGGGUCCGACUAGGACCUCGAGUCGGAGGAGUUGAGUGCAAGGCUAGGCCUCAAUCGCUUGUUUCCUCUCACCUUGAUCUUGGAAUUGGAAAGAGCCCUUGGUUGGCUGGUCUCUUGGUUGGCUGGUCCGACGUAGUGAUUUAUUAGUGCAGUAGAAGGGAUUGUUAGAAUUAAGCCAUUAGGCCGGCCCUGAUUGGCUUAAUAGAGUAGACUUUAUAAACACAGCUCUUUUCACUGAA